AUGACGCCAGCGAAGGUGCUCGACAACGCGCGGAUCUGCUCCUUUCAGCAGCCCUGUGAGAGCUUUGCCGCUUGGCAGAGCGCACACAGCAAGUGGGAGCGAGAGCCAACCACCGUCCAGCGCGGCUGCAGCCAUUGUAACAUCGAUGGACUCGCCCGCUUGCCAGCGGACGAGGUGUUUCAUAGUUCAGCUGUGGUGAAGGACGAGCGUGAGCUCGCAAGUCCAUCCAGCCUCGACUACACCGACAUAUUUACUCGCCCCGGGAUCAACCGCACCUGGCUUAUGCAGCGGUGCAGGACGGCUCGAGGACUCCUUCGCGGUGCACAUCGGGGUUCAAACGUGACGGUCAACCUCGGCGAUGGCGAGUCGCUCCCGCUGGCGGCCGUGUUGAAGCAUGGCUGGGACGCUGCGGUGCUCCGCUCCUUUUUUACCGACCGCGACAGCGGCAGGCCGUUGGCGGCGCUUGGGCAGCCGACCUACCUCGAGCUAGGCGGCGGCGACGGGGAGGUGGAGUCAACAACGCUCGUGUUUGACCGCUGUCUCAACUGGACCGGGGUUUUAGUCGAGGCGAGCCCAGCAUCCUUUGAGAAGCUGCUGCAAGCGCGGCCAAACGCUGUCAAGAUCAACGCAGCGGUGUGUGAGGAGUACAGCUUUGUGCCUUUCACCGCAAGCGGAUUCUAUGGGGGCAGAAUCCAGCGUGGCACGACAACUGCUGAACGCGCUACGGGGCGCCACACCCACAGAGCGGGCUCGAUCCAAGUCCCGUGCGUGCCGCUCGACGAAGCGCUGGCAAGACUCGCCGUGCGGCGGCUCGACUUCUUUUCGCUCGACUGCGAGGGGUGUGAGCUGAGCGUGAUCAACACUCUCGCGCGCGCUCUCGGGCGCACGCUCUCGCUCGGGGCGCGCGGCGACGGUCAUCGAGCACCGAUCUUCCGGCGGCUGCUUCGGGCUGGCAUGAGCUACGCCGGGAUGAUCGCCGCGCGCGGGACGACUGCAAACCACGAUAGCCGCGGGCGCAGCCGCAACGUGCGGUACGCAUUCCCUUACGAGAGGUCUGGCUGCCUAUUCCGCUCGCCCGGCUACGACGCUGAGCUUCGAAGGAAAAGUGGGCUGCAUGAUCAGGCGGGCUUUGCUGCUGGUGCUGUGGGCAUCAUCACAGCUCAACCUGAAGUCAAGGCGCAGAAGCUUCAGUGGGCACUUUUUGCGUCCUUUGCCACGUAUAUGGCGCUGCGGACCGUUCCGCACCAGCGCAGCUCAGUGGCAGUGUGCGACCAGGGCCAGUGGAGCAUUGCGAGUGUCAUCGGAGUCACUUGUAUUUACGACACCGCCACGCUCGCAAGGGCCGCCUAA